GCCCAGCUGCCGUCCUGCGUUCCUGGCGGCUCCCGCCCCUUUCCCCAUCACACACUGCAGUCUCACCUGGUGGGCCCUCACCUUCGAAGCGUCACAUUCCCCACAACCAGGCCCUGGGCCGGACCGUGAGCUUGAGCCUGCAGCACAAGGAGCCUCCAGAGGUUGCAGGGGGUUCGCAACACUCCCCGCUGCCCUUGAUGAGGCUGGAGCAGAAGGGGAGGCUCAAGUUCAUAGGUCUCACUUCAGGUUCUAGGGGACUGGCUGGUACGGAAGAGUCGAGUAGGAGGGGCCUUCAAGGUUUGGGAGGUAACGCGUGCUUCCUCCAAGCGGCAGUCGGUGAGUUAUUCCUAUGAUGGGCAGCAGAUGGCGCUCAACCCGGAGAGUUAGGAAAGGGGAACUCCGGAAGAGUUGCUCAACUGGUUUCCAGUAACCUCUCCUCCCACCGGGCCUUCCCCAGCCCCACCUCCUGUUCCCCUCCUGGGCCAAGUCCUCUACGGGUUCCAGAUGUCAUGUCGGGUUCCAGAUGGCUGGUCCCAGAGUGGGGGAACUAUCUCUGGAGAAAGCCUUCCUCUCUGUCCUGGCUGCUGCUCUGGGGACUCCUCCAGGCUUGCCCCAUGCAAGGCUCCGUGCUGCUGGCCCGGCGGCUACCCCAGCCGCUGAUGUCCCCUGGGUACCCGGAGCCCUAUCCCAGAGGCCAGGAGAGCAGCACCCACAUCGUGGCUCUGGGGGACUUUGCGGUGAGGCUGGUCUUCCAGGACUUGGACCUGGAGCCGUCCCAGGACUGCAGAGGGGAUUCUGUCAUGAUCACAGGCAGCGGGGUGCCACGCCGGCUCUGUGGUCAGCAGGGCCCCCCUCUGGGCAGCCCUCCUGGUCCUGGUCAGAGAGAGUUCGUGUCCUCCGGGAGGAGCCUGCAGCUGACCCUCCGGGCUCGCGCUCCCUCCCAGGGCCAGCCCACCCCCCUCCAUAGGGGCUUCCUGGCUGUGUACCAAGCUGUGGCUCUGAGCUGUGAGCCCCUUGGCCAGGCUGGUGGGGGCUCUGGAGCCAUCCCCGCUGAGAUCCGGAGCUGCUGCCGGGAGCCCUACUACCAGAGGGUGUCCACUGGGGUGCUCAGCUGCACGGUCCAGGGGACCUGGGAGGAAAGGCGGGACAGGCAGGAAGGUCUGCAGUGUGUGCCUGUGUGUGGACGGCCGGUGACGCCCCUGGCCCUGCACCCCGAGAGCCUCGGCCCCUCCAGAGCCCCACCGGGCAGCUUCCCCUGGCAGGCCCUCACGUUCGGCGUGGCCCGGGGCUGGAUGAGCGAGGAGCUGAAAUGGUCCAGGCUGCCCGUGGCCUCCAGGGAGGCCUGCGAGGCCUGGCUCCGGGAUAGGCAGCGCCCCGAGCUCUUUUCCCGCAACAUGUUCUGCGUGGGGGAGGAGCUGCGGGGGAGCGGAGUCUGCCAGGGGGACAGCGGCAGCGUCUACGUGGUGUGGGACGGUGGUGCCAGCCGCUGGGUGGCCACGGGCAUCGUGUCCUGGGGCGUCGGGUGCGGCAAGGGGUACGGCUUCUACACCAAAGUGCUCAACUACAUGGACUGGAUCAAGGGCGUGAUGGGUGGCAGGGGCUGAGCGUGGACAGGAGGGCAGGACCAACCAGAGCGGCAACACAGGGUCAAGAGAGCUGGGAGUGAAGAGCAAGCCCCUCCAGCCGCUGCUGCAGCCAGGCACCUGCUUGGGAAACCCUCCUGCCUCGGCCUACACAUUUCCAGCGGAAUUGUAUCAGUGGCCCUGUCCCUUCUCUGCCUUCCAGCAAGUUUGCAUCAGGGAAGCCCCGCUCCGCUAGGCAACUGUCACCUGCCGGUCUCUUCCGUGCUGUGGAAGAGGCGCCUUCUCACCCCCUUUCCCGUGGUGUGUGGAGGAAGAGUCUUCGUGGCAUUUUGUGUCUAAAGGCCGGUCACCCCCACGACUCCCGGAUGCAGUGGUAGUCGUAGCUCCUUCUUCGUUUUACGCCUUUAUAUGCAGGUUCUUCUCGCGUUGUUCCACUUCCUCCUCUAGCGUGUGUGCAGAGCGCGGGUUUGAGCCUCGUCCUACAGACACAGACGGACGCUGCAGCCCGGGAGACGCGACGGUGGUGACAGCGGCUGCAGAGCCUGUUUUCCCCAGAUCCCUGACGCCUCUGCGGCGGUCUGCGAGUCUGAGCUGCCCUGUCCAUCCCUGUGUCCUUGCAGAUUCUCUCCCUGGAUGCCCUGCUCCUGUGAAGGGUGCUGCCUGCUCUCCUGGCCCUGCAGACACCUCAAGGGCCCCAGCGCCCACUGUGAUUUCCCAUAGACACUGGUCGGUGCCGCUGUCAUAGCUGAACAUAAAUCAGAGCAGACAGGGUCAGCAUUGAGAGCCAAGUCGCUCUAGGAUCAAAGGUUAAAUUUAUCUUUAAAAAUAGCAGGAUUAGGGGCAGCCUACUUUCCAAUCCCCCUUCUGUCUCUCUUAGACAGAAGCUGUCUUUCUCUAAAUAAAUUUUUCCUACACUUAAAAAUAU